AUGAUUACGCAUAAUUUACCAAGAACACUCCCGGUUCCUGGCGAUCAACCACGACCAACCACGAUCAACCACGAUCAACCACGAUCAACCACGACCAAACCACGAUCAACCACGAUCAACACACCACCAACCACGACCAACCACGACCAACCACGAUCAACCACGACAAACUACGAUCACCACGAUCAACCACGACCAACCACGAUCAACCACGACAACCACGACCAACCACGACCAACCACGAUCACCACGACCCAAACCGACCAACCACGAUCAACCACGAUCAACCACGACCAACCCACGAUCAACACGACCAACACGAUCAACCACGAUCAACCACGAUCAACCACGACCAACCACGAUCAACCACGACCAACCACGAUCAACCACGACCAACCACGAUCAACCACGACCAACCACGAUCAACCACGAUCAACCACGACCAACCACGAUCAACCACGAUCAACCACGAUCAACCACGACCAACCACGAUCAACACGACCAACACGGACCAACCACGAUCAACCACGAUCACACCCACGAUCAACCACGACCAAACCACGACCAAAUCACCGAUCAACCACGACCAAUCCCGAUCAACCACACGAUCAACCACCGAUAACCAGGACGCAACGCACAGACAAAUCACGAUCCACACGCCUACCACGGAUCAACCACGAUGCAAACCACGACCACGAGCACGAUCAACCACGACCACCACGCAUCAACCCACACACACCCACACCCCGACGACCACGAUCAACACGACCAAACCAGAUCACAACACGAUCAACCCAACGACCAACCACGAUAACCACGGAGCGCCAACCACGAUCAAUCACGAAUCACAACACGACGUCAACGCACGAUCAACGCACCGAACCAACCACGAUCAACCCACGCAACUACGAUCACCAUAAGCUGUACGAAGUCGAACCUCGCACGACCACCUAUGAGCACGAUCAACACCACGACCUCACGAUCCACCAUCGACCAGUAUGGCCACGUACUAAAACCAACGACCACCUACGGGAUCAACCACGAAUCACCACGAUUCAACCCACCAGACCAACUCACGAAGUCAACCACUGA